GAGCGAUGACGUCAGCACCCACGCUGGCCCCUUGGCGUUGCCGUGCGGAGCACUCGAAAAAGUUAGCAGUUAGUCGCUCUUCGAAAAAAAAGGAAAAGCCCCUUCGCUUCCUCUGCAGUUUCUCAUAAUCAUUCGUCUAAUAGACAUUAUAAUAUUGAAUUCCCCCGUUUCGGUUCAGAGCUCAGAGUCUUCAGAAUUUGCUUUUGUUUUUUUAGGUUAUGCAAGCCAAACGUUUCUGGCUCUUGGGUAUUUAACUUUUUCCCCGUGUAAUGUUCCGGAGGGAGAGAAGCCUGUUCUUACCCUCCAAGAAUCUCUCUUUCUUUCCACAGAGAAAAGGCUUCUCCACUUCUCUGCUUUAAAAAUUUUCUUCUGGGUCUGCGAUAUUUGCCUCUGGCUCUGUUUCUGUUCCCAACCAUGUCGUCAAUUUUGAGCUCUCAAGGUGUGGUCCUGGCCACGGCCAUGGCUGUUUCGGGGACUGUAAUUCUCCUCGCUCUUCGCCGACAGAAGAUUCAAUUCCCUAUCGGCCAAAUCUCCGGGGAGCCCCAGCGAGUCCCGCGUUCUUGCAUCUCUUCCGGUGGGAAGAAGAAGAAGAAGAAGGUUCACUUUGCAGAGGACGUGGUGGAUCCAUCUGGGGACAGUGAGGAAUUCAGAAAACGGCACAUCCUGAGCACUGGUUUUUCUUCUCCAUCAUCUUCAUCUUCAUCAUCAUCAUCCUCGAAUGAGCUGAGAAAGAGCAGAAAUGCGAAAAUCCGGGGAAUGCCUGCGAAUCGGGCGGCUCUGUACAAUGGGAUUCUCAGGGACCGCGGGGUUCACCGGCUGGCCUUCGCCUAUUGACUUGUGAGGUUGAUUCUUUGUACAGACUUUGUGUCCCUCUCUUGAGUCUUGACUACCUGUAGCCUCUGCUCUGUUUCUUGUACAAAUUGGUCCUCCCCUCCCCUCCGCUCCCCUCCCCUGUUUUUCACUUUGUUUUUUCUUGCUUUUUGAACAUUUUCAUUAUGGGCUGCUAACAAAUUGCAAAUUGCAAAUUGCAAAUUGCAAAUUGCAAAUGUUAGGCGUUGGAAAGAGAGGGAAGGAGGGGGGCGCAGCGGAGGGCUGGGCCCAUAAAAGAGGGUGCAGCGGUAGGUCUCUCUCUCUUUAAAGAUUGAUUGGGCAUCCCUUUGAAGAAAGGGUUUGUUAGAAGUGGAUGAGUCUAAGCUGACUUUUGUUCAUAACGCAUAUAUAAAUAUAUCAUGCCUUUUUUAGCUUUUA